CUUACAGAAACCAUUUAUAAACAACACAAAAUUCUUAUUUAAUUUUCAUAUACCAUAGAAAAAAAUAAGAAGAUGGCUUGGAUUGCUUCUGCGUUUAAGGCUUUGUGUUUGUCUUUCUUGUUCGUCAGCGUUGCAUGUCGUUCGACCAACGGACCGAAGGUUUUCAAUGUCCGACGCUAUGGUGCCAAACCCGACGACAAAACUGAUAACGUCAAUACGUUCACAAGUAUAUGGAAAAGCGCAUGCGCAAGGAGUGGAAGUAGUAAAAUCUACGUACCAAAUGGAACAUUCUAUCUCGGUGGUGCGGUGGUGUUCGAGGGGCCAUGCAUAAAUCAGAUUGAAUUCAUUAUAGAUGGAACUUUAUUGGCUCCUUCAAACCCCGGAGACAUUAAAAAUAAAACGUGGAUCAACUUCAGGUACAUUAACAAUCUCCUAAUCUCUGGUGCUGGUACACUAGACGGCCAAGGGAAAGAGUCAUGGAAACUCAAUGACUGCUCCAAAAACCCCAGCUGUCCUAUACUAGCUAUGAACAUGGGAUUUGCAUUUGUGAAUAACUCGAGAAUCAACGGGAUAACAUCACUCAACAGCAAAAUGGGACACUUCGACUUCUUCUCCGUCCAUCAGUUCAACAUUACCGGAGUCACUAUAAAAGCUCCUGGCGACAGCCCUAACACCGACGGGCUUAAGUUCGGGUUCUGUAGUAACAUUCACAUCUCCGACACACACAUCGGAACGGGAGACGACUGUAUCGCCAUUCUUUCCGGAGUUACUGACAUGGAUAUCUCUAAUGUCAAGUGUGGUCCCGGACAUGGGAUCAGUGUUGGAAGCUUAGGGAAGGGCAAAGACGAGAAGGAUGUUAAUGGCCUAACCGUAAGAGACACGGUUUUUAACGGCACAAGUGAUGGUAUUCGGAUCAAGACUUGGGAAUCUUCAAUUUCUCAGAUCGUUGUUUCUCACCUCUUGUACGAGAAUAUUCAGAUGAUUAAUGUUGGAAACCCGAUCAACAUCGAUCAGAAGUAUUGUCCUUAUCCACCCUGUAAAAAGAAGGGAGAGUCCCACGUACAGAUCCAAGACCUUAAGUUAACGAACAUAUAUGGAACUUCGAAGAACAAAGUGGCGGUGAAACUAAAAUGUAGCAAGAGCUUUCCGUGCAAGAACGUUGAGCUAGUUGACAUAAACCUAGAGCACAAGGGAGCCAAGGGUCCUUCCACUGCGGUAUGUGAGAAUGUUCACGGUUCUGCACAUGGCAAGAUGGUUCCUCAGCAUUGUCUGAACGGUCCAUGGUAA